ACGAUAGCAAUAUGCUAUCAGAGAGUAUUGUCGGACUACUUCUUGACGAAGGCGCUGAUCCAACAAUAUCUGCAGGCCGUGCAGGAUAUCCUAUUAUAUCCGCCAGCAUAUCUUGCUCGCCCAAGGUAAUCCAACAACUACUCAAUCACAAGGCCUCAGUAGACGUCAAGGAUCCUUUUGGCAGAAAACCAGCUCAUUUCGCCUGUUACAACACGCUCGAGGUUUUAAAGUCCCUUGAUCUUCCAGAUUCAGAUUUCGCAGCCAGAGAUAUAGUCGGCAGAGUUCCCCUCCACUACGCCGUGCUCAGAGGUCAACUUGACCUCGUCGAAGAAGUCUUAACACGUUCUCAGAGAGUGGGUAUAGAUAUCGAUGUUUUCGACGACGAUGGAUGGACACCGCUGCUCUGGGCAGCACGUGCGCCUCGUCUCUUCUUUUGGAGAGUGAAAUUAGAGCCUUCGCAAUACGAUGCCAUGGUAUCGUUUCUACUUAGCAAGGGAGCGAAUCCCACCAUUCGUGGACAUGGAUUAUACAAGGACUGGACUGUCUCUGAAGUUGCCUACUACCAUCACGCUGACAGUAUCGCCGACUUAGUUGCAGAUAAAACCCUUCAAAAGAACAAAAGACGCGGACCAAAGAAGAGAGGCAAAAAAACCGAAUGGUCGUUUUGCGACUGCUGCUACGCUGAGAUUGCGGGCGUUUAUUUCAGAGGCCCAGGUACGCUGGGUAUCGAAUUAUGCUUCAAGUGCUACAGGUCGAAAUCACGUAUAGCUCCUGGGGAUGAGUUUAUAGAUUGCGGCUAUGACUUCGACGAGGACGACGAAGAAGCGGACACUGAAUCAAAGGCUGCUCAAUCAGUGAAUGGAGAGGUGUCUGUGAAGGAUCAAGAAAAUGUACAGAUUCAGUUUGACGAUGAGGUUGUAGAGGAGGAGGAUAUGGAGCUUUAAUUCUAGUGGUAUAAGAUGUAUAUCCAGACAAGGAACGAAUCAAUUA